CGACUUGUCUUCCUGAGAUCGACAUAGAGAUUGUGGAGUUUUUGAAUCCUUCCUCGUCUUCUAUCUCUUGAUAUACGCUUUGAUAUCCGGCAAAUGGUUGAUAUUCGGUCAAUUUGAGUAAACCGUUCGAAUUUGUUGUUCCUCGGGAUUGUAAAGCCAUCUGGUGUUUGCCUGUUCAGCGGCAUUUCGGGCCGGCGCAACCUUUACAAGAACUUCAGCUUGACCUUGAGUAUUGGCAACAUUUUUCGUCCAUAUCUUCAAUCUACAAUCGAUAGAUACUUGGCCAGGAGGAGAAGAACAUCCUGCGUACCUGUGUGCCUGCUCGGCAACCAUCCUUCCCGAUACGCUGCCAUCCCGGCCAACGUACUCACCUUUAUAAGACUCAUUUCUUUAAGAACCGGAAAUAACCAUGUUUGUUUUACCUCCACCUCCGCGAUAUCCUCUAACGAGUCCGUACAUCACACCAUAUCUUAACGGCGCCGGAGGUGUUACGGAAACAAACAAUAUUCUCAGCCAGCCCACAGGGCCUGAACAUCAACUGCUCGUGGGAGAGGGCACCUAUACGCUGAAGGAUGAACUUCUUCUUGCAACACCACCGCCGCAUCCAUCAGAGGCACCCAUUCAAAACCCGAAUCCCUUAGCCACAACUCCAGCGCCUCCUACAGCUGGUGUCAAAUUAUCGUUGACAGUCAUUGCUCCGCGCAAACAUACCACACGACUCUAUCGCGCAAAUACUUCUGGCAGCGUACGCUCUCGACUGGCACAUACAUAUAGCAUUGAUGAAAAUAGCAACGAGGCUGCAUCUACGGGCAAUAGUGCUAGGUCUGCUGGAAUCAACCAAUCCUUGGAUUACGCACAAUCACAAAGCAUUCUAGAUGUUACACCUGCUUUUGGAGAAGGAAAUCCAUCAUUAAUUCCAGUCAAUGGGAAGGAUCCUCUGAAGCGGAGGAAACCAAAGAACAACAUUGUGAAGAGCAAUUCAUCAUUUGUUUCCCGGGUGAUCCCAAAUGAUACAAUUACCAAAAGGUUACAGGAGCAUGACCCUGAGGGCCUUUUCGCUUUUGCCAAUAUCAAUCGCGCAUUUCAGUGGCUGGACCUUUCAUCAAGCCAAAAGGCGGAACAACUUACAAAGAUUCUCUUUACAAAAGCCCACGCCCUCUGCCAUGACAUCAAUAUUCUCACAAAAAGCUCUACUCAUCUGGAUGUGGUAUUGGGCUUUUCCUCUGCCGACAUUAUCUGGUACGAGCCGAUGUCGCAGAAAUAUGCGCGCAUCAACAAGAAUGGCAUUAUCAACCCUUCGCCCGUCUCCGAUAUCAGGUGGAUCCCGGGAUCAGAGAAUUUGUUCCUUGCUGCUCAUAUGGACGGAUGUCUUGUCGUAUAUGACAAGGAAAAAGAGGAUGCAGCUUUUCUGCAAGAUGAAAACGAGUUGCAGCUAGGAAAAGAUCUUGGUUCUACCUUUUCAAAUUCGCUGCGAGUGAAAAAGUCGGUGAAUUCAAAGAACCAGAAAACGAACCCCGUGGCGCUAUGGAAGCUUUCUAAUCAACGAAUAAACUCCAUGUCGUUUUCCCCAGACUGCAGGCAUUUAGCCGUAGUGUCAGAAGAUGGAUCAUUGCGUGUUAUCGACUACCUUAAAGAACAGCUCAUCGACUUGUAUACAAGCUACUACGGUGGUUUUAUUUGCGUGUGUUGGUCACCAGAUGGACGAUACAUUGUUACUGGCGGGCAAGAUGACCUUGUUUCCAUCUGGUCACUUACAGAACGGCGCGUCGUUGCCCGAUGUCAGGGCCACAAUUCUUGGGUGUCUUCUGUGGCCUUCGAUGCGUGGAGGUGUGACGACCGAAAUUAUAGAUUUGGAAGCGUAGGCGAAGAUAGCAGGAUUCUUCUCUGGGAUUUCAGUGAAGGGAUGCUCCAUCGACCUAAAGCCGCUUCUGUUCGGCAACGCGAAAGUAUAUCCUCAAGUCAACCACUCCCGACGGCCGGGAGAAAUCGAUCAGAGAGCCAGGUCACAAACAGAAUGCGUUCUCUCUCCAAUGCAAGCUGGGAUGAGGAUAGCGAAGAAGUGAUCAGCCAUUCAGUUGAGCCUCGCUCUCGGGUUGCGAUGUUGCCACCUGUCCUGUCCAAAUCGAUCGAUUCUCAUCCUCUCAGUUGGAUUGGUUUUGAGGAAGACUGUAUAAUUACUUCCUGUCGUGACGGUCACAUUCGUACAUGGGAGCGACCUCGAGAAGGGGUAAACGGAGGCCAAAAUGCAACGUCGAGUUUCGACGGGCAGUGAUAGCAUGUGAAUGCUUGCUCUCCAGGAUCAAUGAAGCCAAUUCGACAAGCAAUGCAUUAUUUUAUUUUAUUUUGGUGAUCUAUUUGUGAUGAUUGGGCGUCCAGCGGUCAUUAAGCUAUUCUGGUUAUCCCGCCUGUAGGAGCGAACUUGCGGCUAGGCUCGGUUCUAGGCUCUGUGAAUGGCAUGCUUUUGGGCAUAAAGGUGAUAGACUCGGCAGGAUGAUCGGCCCUUUUUGGCGGGGCGCUACGAUUGUCCGGAGUGACACCUUAUCGCCGUAGGCUCACCGUUGCGAAAGCGAAAGGGGGCCCAGACGCAAGAAAAGGCUCCAAGCAACGCUACUAACCUUUUGGAAGAGAACGAAACUUGCCAUUGCGGUAUUUUAUUGCACGUCGAGAGGAUUGGUUUGUCCAGAACAAAAUAAUUUUCCGACGGACACAAUAUGAUCAUUCGAUUUUUUCUGCAAUCUUCGUACAACCCCUC